AUGGGUACCAUGGACUUUAAGGCAGACCCCGGCGAGCUAACGAUUAAUUUGCUGCUCAUCGUCCGCCCCGAGGAGGCAGGGGGCAAGCAGAGAGGGCAGAGGGGGCGGCUGGCGGCCGGCGGCCGAGGCGCAGGUUUGCAGGACGAUGGAAACGGAAACACCAGAACACUGCCACCUUCUCAGGGGAGAGACCUGAACGGCCGGCGAGUCUCCAGGGGUUCCUCUGAGCAGACCCAAGGCGUUGCUUCGUACUCUAAUGAAGGAACCCAAGUGACAGUGGAGAUUCACCCCAAGAAUACCACCCCGCAGAUCCUCAAGAAGUUAUCCUUUGGGAAAGGUUCCCAGAGGAGGCUCAGCCUGAGAGGUCAAGACAACAAAGGUUUCCAGAAUACCGAAGCCCCACGGCCGCCGGGAGGAAAAGACCUGCACGCAUAUCCAUGGGACAAAUCCUCUUUGAAAUCCAUGCCGGUGGAUCUGCAGCAAUUUGAGAAGCUGGAUGCCUACGCAUUAAAAGUAAAUGUCAAGAACAGCGUAGAGGACCUCGUUAAAGCCCUGCUUCAACAAGCCCGGACCGAUCUGGAGAAAGUCCGAGCCAUAUGGAUGUGGAUAUGCCACCACAUAGAAUACGACAUCGUGGGCUACCAUGACAAAAGCCAGCUGUCGAGCAAGCCCCUAGACGUGCUUCAGACGGGGAAGAGCAUUUGUGAGGGAUACGCUGGGCUCUUUGAACAAAUGUGCAGCAUUGCAGGAAUCCAGUGCAUGAAGCUAUCGGGAUACUCUAAGGGGUACAACUACGAGAUGGGGCAGAGCUUCACGGGGGACUCCGACCAUGCCUGGAACGCUGUUUUCCUUGACGGAAGGUGGCACUUACUUGAUAGCACCUGGGGAAGUGGUUCUGUUGAUAAGUCUUGCACCAAGUUCACCUUCAGGUACAACGAGUUCUAUUUUCUCACUCACCCGGCUCUGUUCAUUAACAGCCACUUCCCAGAUAACAGUAACUGGCAGCUCCUUAAACCCACCCUGACGCUGAAGGAUUUUGAGAACAACAUGCUGCAUAAAAGCAAUUUCUACACCUUGGGGCUGCUGACCACGGAGCCGGAGACAACUGUCAUCCAAACAGAAAAUGGAAAAGCCUGUGUAUCGGUGGAUUGCCGUGCUGCCACGUUAUUUAAGUUUGAGCUGGAGGGAACAGAACACGGCUUAAUGACUUUGAAAAAACACGGGAUGAAGCUGGAUAUCUACCCCCAGAAGACAGGGAGUCACAAGCUGCAGAUCUUCGCCAAGCCCUACAAAGCCUCCCAAGAUGUCUACGAAUGCGUGUUGGAAUACGUGGUCGAGUGCGAGUCCGUGAACAAGGCCAUGUCUUUGCCAAAGGACCUGAGCCAGCCCCUUGGACCAAGCUGGUUCACAGAGCGGCAAGGGUUCCUGAGGCCCUCACACCUCGACCCCAUCAUUCACACCAACGACGGGAGGUGUUCUCUCACCUUCACCCUGGGCAAGGACAUCAGUGUCCUAGCCCUGCUGCACCACAGCAGCCUGAGCGAGGACAUGAGAAACAGACACAUCAUGCAAAUCCGUCGCGGGAACCAAAUUGAGCUGAAGAUCCACCUCCCCCACGCGGGGAACUUUGUCCUGAAAAUCUACGCCAAGAAGAAGUCCGAUCCUGGCAACUACGACUACAUCUUCAACUACCUCAUCACCUGCCUCAACACCGAAGUGAAGUGGCCGACCUUCCCCCAGGUUUACAAGAACUGGGCGGAAGACUAUGAGAUACUGGAGCCGCUCUCCGGCCGGCUGCCGGCCAAUCGCAACGUCCAGUUCAAACUCAAGAUGCACGGGAUAGGAAAGGUGCUGGUUCAAGGUGACGACGUCUCCACGCUCACCCGGAGCGGGGACUACUGGGAGGGAACCUGCAACACAGCGGGAUGCAGGGAAGUGUCCGUGAUGGUGCAGGAGAACGCGAACCACAACUUCUACUCACAGGUCCUGAAGUACGAAGUUGAGUCCCAGUAACAACCCCCCUCUUUGCUCUUUCACUCACCUGCAUCAACCAACCUUUCCGACGUGCCCAAAGCCAACACAACUUCAGGAUGGCUCAUUCUUCUUGAUCAAAUCUCUUCUUUCAACGAAUCCAGGCUUUUGCAAGACCAAGGGCUCAAAGAAGUUCAAAGCAGCAGAAAAUCCUGUUAUGAAAGGAGCAGCAGUGGAAGAAAUUAAGUAAACCCUCACCCACGUUUCAGUAGCACUGCCCAGACAAACAUUUUGAAGAAAACAACUGACUUGUCUGGCCAGAGGUCAUCCAGCAUCAGCAGUGAUCGCUGGGUUCCAAGUUAUGGAGCAUAAGGAAAGUCUUACGACGGCUACUCCGAGAAGAAUCCAGCUAGUUAUGGGGCAGGAUGCAGAGAGCACACCCUGGUUUUGAGCAGCAAUAUUGGACACGAGGAGCUUCAGGAUAUUUAAACCAAAUUUCUGUCUAUCUUCAGUCAAGUUCCAAAAACCCAUCCCAGGAGAGAGAAGAAUUAGGAAGAAGAUACAACAUGUUUUCUCAUUUUUUCACAAGUUUUCUCGUGCACUUCAUUGUCUUACAAAUUUAAGUUGAUACUGCAAAAUGAUUUUUUUACACUAUCUCUUUAAUGUAACCAGAAAAAAAAAAAUCAUUUUUACCUUUUUAUAUUUUAAUUAAAUUUGACUUGUAAGCACUUUUUUUGCAAUAUUAGCUCCGUAAUUGUAUCUGAAGCAUAUAGGUGCUUCCAUAACUACAACUACAGUAAAACGCAGAAUAAAGUUCUCAAAAAAAAAAAAUAAAUCACUCCUUACUCCAACUUGUCUGUGGAAUGCUGCAACUAAAGAACUGGAGGGGUUAGGUGGAACAGCAGGCUGAGUGACAUUAUUACCAUGUAAAAACUCCAUUAUUUGGUGCUGUACUCUUGGAAAGCCCCGACAUGCACAAGGCAAAGGGGGCCUUCUAGUGAAUCUCACAAUUACACGUCGUAAGAUUGAGCCAUGUUUUCACAACCGAUUCAG